ACAAAAUCUUAUCCUUAUGCGUAGGCAGCAAAAAGCAUUAUUCUUGCUUUCUAUUGCGGUUUGUGGCCACGCCUCCCUGGCUUGGCUGUCCUGCUGGCUCCUCAUCCCCAUCCCAGUCACACUUUUCAGUUUCGAAUGAAGUCCUGUUCCAAUAUCUCUUCUCCAAUGCCUCGUUUCUGUUCCGAAAAGACUUCCCAGGCUCUACCCGACUCCCAUAUUGGAGAGUGAGCUUUGUUUUUCUUGUUUUGUUUUGGUAUUUGUUUUAGUGUCGGAGGUCAAACCUAGGACCUUCUAGCAUGCUAGCAGCCAAGGGCUCUCGCACUGAGCUGCACACGUAGCUCCUGGUUCAGCUCUUGUUUCUGUCUCCAGCGAUGCUUUUUAGACCUCAUUCCUGCUCUUAACCAUUACUCCAGUCCUAAGUCCCCCAGCUUCUCCCUUUGCCGCCCACCCAUUCUAAACUUGAUUCCAUCCCCUAUUGUCGGACCUUGUUACGCCUAAGCUAGGUUUUUACAAAUUUGGUCUUAAGGCCCAGCUAGGACCCCUGGUUCUUGAGCCCCUUCCCACACAAGUCAUGGUUUCUGGGUUUGCUGCUCUGUUAGCUUUUCACUGCUCAAGUCAUCUCUUCUGGGUAUGCGGUCUGGUCCUUGGAUGAUGUUUGCUUAGCAACAACCCUAAACCUUUUCUAGCUCAAGCCAAGCCUUCUCGGCUCUAGUCCCACACGUCCCUUAGCUCUAGACGCGCGCCAUGGUCUCUUCCUACUGAAGCCACGCCUUCCAUUGUUACUGACAGCCUCCAAUUUGCUCCCCUGCCCCUGGCCACACCCCUCCACUCGGCGGCGCUUUUUCAAAUGCUAGUACUUUGGCCUCGCUUGCAACACCCGCUGCUCUUAGUCUCUGUCUCUUUACCUCUCUCCCGGAGUUCAACUUUGGGAGUUUGCUGCUUUUCCUCAGCCUGGGCCCCUGGCCUCCUGGCCCCUGGUCCCCUGGUCCCUUGGCCCCCUGGCCCCCCUGGCCACGCCCCAGGACCACUCCCUGCCCGCCGGAGCCACGCCUUCUAGGCGUGUGGCUUUCCUCAGCGGGGCCUGCAAGGCGUCUACCUGCCUGAGCUCGUCACGUCUCACCGCUCGGCUACGUCCUGAGUCCCCUCCUUGUCAGAGCCACGCCUGACUUGUCUGCUGACCCCCUCUGGCUUUGCUUGCUUAUCCUUAGCGCCACCUCAUGGCCACGCCUCCGAGGCGGUCAUCACCCCUAGCUUUCCGGGUUUGCUGUUCGUCUUCCCCUGGCCUGGCCACGCCUCGUGCCCCCUCCUCUCCCAAGCCACAUCUAGGUUUUCCUAUUUCCAGUUCCAUCCGCUAGCCAAGCUAGUCAGGCCUAGUCAGUCUCUAGUCUGGUCCUCCAAACGGUUGUCAGGCCGCGCCAGUCCAGUCCCGGGGCCUCAGGCACUUUCCUAGGAAGGUAGGGAUCCUCGGCAGGCCUCGGAAAGUCGCGCCGGUUUGGCCAGUCCGGCCACCUCAGCACCCUCCAGGGAGCGCGGCCUCCCGGCCACCGGAAACGGAAGCGCGCGACGGCUGGACCAUGGCGACGCUGUUUGACCUCCCAGACUUGGUGCUCUUGGAGAUCUUCUCUUACCUCCCUGUCCGGGACCGGAUCCGCAUUUCCAGGGUCUGUCACCGCUGGAAGAGGCUAGUGGAUGACCGGUGGCUGUGGCGACACGUCGACCUGACGCUCUACACGAUGCGGCCGAAAGUCAUGUGGCACCUCCUGCGCCGGUACAUGGCGUCCCGGCUCCACUCGUUGCGCAUGGGCGGCUACCUAUUCUCUGGCUCUCAGGCCCCACAGCUGUCCCCUGCCUUGAUGCGGGCCCUGGGCCAGAAAUGCCCCAACCUGAAGCGCCUGUGCUUGCAUGUGGCUGACCUGAGUAUGGUGCCUAUCACCAGCCUGCCUAGCACACUGAGGACCCUGGAGCUGCACAGCUGCGAAAUCUCGAUGAUCUGGUUGCAGAAAGAGCAGGACCCCACGGUGCUGCCACUGCUGGAAUGCAUCGUGCUCGACCGAGUGCCGGCCUUCCGUGAUGAGCACCUUCAGGGCCUUACCCGCUUCCGAGCCUUGCGCUCGCUGGUUCUGGGCGGCACCUACCGGGUCACUGAGACCGGGCUAGAUUCCAGCCUGCAGGAGCUGAGCUACCUGCAAAGGCUGGAGGUGCUGGGCUGCACCCUGUCAGCGGACAGCACCUUGCUGGCCAUCAGCCGCCACCUCCGAGAUGUGCGCAAGAUUCGGCUGACCGUUGGAGGCCUCUCAGCUCAGGGCCUGGUCUUCCUGGAGGGAAUGCCGGUCCUGGAGAGUUUGUGUUUCCAGGGUCCCCUUAUCACCCCAGAAAUGCCCACACCCGCUCAGAUUGUGUCCUCCUGCCUCACCAUGCCUAAGCUCAGAGUGCUUGAGGUGCAGGGGCUGGGCUGGGAGGGCCAGGAAGCAGAGAAGGUCCUGUGCAAGGGCCUGCCCCACUGCCUAGUUAUCGUCAGGGCUUGUCCCAAAGAAUCCAUGGACUGGUGGAUGUGAGGGCAUCACCCGUCCAUCUCUGGGACCUAUCCUAACAUUGAAAAUGACCUUCCAAGCAAACUGAAGCAUGUAAAUUAAUCAGGCAUGAGGGACUGGAGGUCUCAAGGAAAGGAAGCUAGGACCUUGGGGCUUCCUGAGCUGGUGUUAUCUGUAAUCUGGGUGACCUCAGACUUGUCUUCAAGACUCUGGAAGGCCCAGUUCACACAUUUAGGAAUAGGCAUCAUAGCUACCUCAUGAUUCAUUUUUAAGUCCUUACCCUCCUUUUUCUCCCCAGUACCUGAGGAUCAAACCCAUGGCCUUAGGUAUGGUAGACAAGCAGUACUGUGCUGCUGAGCCACACUGGAGCCCUGGGAAGCCUUAACAGACCCCACAAGACCCUUAUAGAGGGCUCAUUUCAGGAAUGGUCAGGUGAGGGUGAAGGGGGUUCAGGGCUCUAAGGUCUGUCUGGUUUCUCCCUUCAUGGUUGAGAGGCAUGGAGGUCGGGCAGGGGAGCCAGGCGGCUGGACUGUCCUAGUUUUCUAAAAGGUUCUCAAUCAUAUUUACUGUGUUUUAUAUCCUGCCUUUUUCAUGUUUUCUACAGCAUAUACUAUUUUACUAUUAAAGAAAAAGGAUGUUUUUCAAA